AUUGAGUGCUUCUACCUUAUCAUUCAAGUAAUUUCAGAAUGUCGUAUUCCUGUGAAGCUGUUAUAUAUACUUAUUCUGGUUGUGUUGUUAAGUGGUGAGACAACAAUUGCUGUCAAAGUUCUCAACCUUGUUCAUCGUGGAGCUUCCAAAAGUUUUGCAGCCGAGUGUGAGGCCCUGAAAAACAUUAGACACCGUAACCUUUUGAAGGUGCUGUCUGGAUGUUCAGGUUUUGACUAUCAAGGUGAUGAUUUCAAGGCCUUAGUCUAUGAGUUCAUGGCUAAUGGGAGCUUAGAGGAAUGGUUGCAUCCACUUCAGAGAAUUGGUGUGACAAAUGAGAGACCAACGAGUUUAAUGUUUUCUCAAAGGUUGAACUUUGCUAUUGACGUUUCUAUGGCAUUGGAUUAUCUCCAUAAUCAUUGUGAAACGCCAAUAGUUCACUGUGAUCUCAAGCCGAGCAAUGUUCUUCUCAAUGAUGAUAUGGUCGGGCAUGUUGGUUAUUUUGGCUGGGUAAGAUUCCUUCCCAGAACUUCUGGAAAUCAAUCAAGCUCUGUCGGAGUUAAAGGAACAAUUGGUUAUGCUCCUCCAGAGUAUGGUAUGGGCAAUGAAGUUUGGACACAAGGAGAUGUGUACAGUUUUGGCAUCCUGCUGUUGGAAAUGUUCACAGGAAGAAGACCAACAGAUAACAUGUUCCAGGGAACUUUAAACCUUCAUAGCUUUGUCAGAAAAGCUCUGCCUAAGCAAGUGAGAGAGAUUGUCGAUCCUGUUCUAGUUCCACGGAACAUUGAAGCAGAGAUUAGCGCUUGGGUAAAAAUCGAAGACAGCUUGAUUUCAAUUUUAGAAGUUGGUGUUGCUUGUUCUGCAGAGCUGCCUAGAGAACGGUUGGCCAUUAGUGAUGCUAUGGCUGAGAUGUGUCGGAUAAGAAACAAACUUCAUGCAAACUUGAUGUGAAUAGAUGCGUAUUUGCAGCUAAGCUAAGCGAAUUGCAGGUUGCAGUAGCUGCAGAUUCUUUUGAUGGCUUGCAUGCCGACCUACUGGUGUUGCAUUUUGGUUGCCUGUCUGUAACUUGAAUCUUUUUGUGUUUAUGGCUGGAUUUUAAGACCUGCAGCUAUUUGCCUGCUUCUUUAUUCCUUUCUUUUCCACUUCUUUCAAUUUUGUUGUUGGUUUGUGGUGUCAGCCCCAUCUGUUUGUUUUCAGUCCUCUGGUUUUUUUAAUGAAACCGAUACAGUCAAUGUGU